AUAUAUUGAUGUAAUAUUUAAAAUUAGUGCUUUAUGAAUAGUUAAAUGCCACAUAUGUAAAUACAUAAGAAUUAUGCGGCAUGUCUGUAAAUGGCCUAAAAAAAAGUCUAAUUUACAAUGGAGAAGAAAAAUGGCUGCAGAAGUAGAGAACGGUUCGGUUGUCGUAGGGUCAUCUCCCUUCUCUUCUACUCCAAUUCCUGCUUCUGAUAGUCCUAUCCCACCUUCUGUCUCUACCAAAACUCAACCAAGCACCUUAAAUGGCCAAAUCCACCUCCCCUUUCCUCCACCACUCCACCACCACCGGAACCACCGCACACAUGAAGCAGCUACUCUAUCGCCGGAGCUCAUCUGAAAAAUCCCACCUUUACCAUCAACUCCUUAAGAAAUACUACCGCUGGGUCCUCUGGUUCGCUCUCUCCCUCUCCCUCUUCCUCUCCUCCUCCACCCCCUCCUUCCUGCCUUCCCCCAUCUCCCGUCGUUCGCUCUCCCAAACGCGCACCUCCUCCUCCCCGUCCUCCGCUCCCCUCUCUCUCAAGAUCUACGUCUACGACCUCCCGCCGGAGUUCAAUCGAGCAUGGCUCACGAACCCUCGCUGUUCAUCCCACCUCUUCGCCGCAGAGGUCGCUUUCCACGAGGCCCUCCUCCACUCCUCUGUUCGCGCCAUUAAUCCUUUUGAGGCCGACUAUUUCUUCGUCCCAGUAUAUGUCUCCUGCAACUUCUCAACAAUCAACGGUUUCCCCUCCCUCCACCAUGCUCGUCCUCUCCUUUCCUCCGCCGUCAACCUCAUCUCCAUGAACUUCCUCCCCUUCUGGAACCGCUCUAACGGCGCCGAUCACAUCUUCGUUGCCUCCCACGACUAUGGUGCUUGCUUCCACGCCAUGGAGGAUGUGGCGAUCGCCGAUGGGAUACCGGAGUUUCUGAAAAACUCCAUCCUGCUUCAAACGUUCGGCAUGAUCACGCCGCACGCGUGCCAGGAAGCGGAGCAUGUGGUUAUUCCGCCGUUCAUCUCGCCGAAAACCGGCCGCUGGCCGUCCCCUGAGACAACAAAUCGUGACAUCUUUGUCUUCUUUCGUGGCAAAAUGGAGGUCCACCCGAAGAACAUCAGCGGCCGUUUCUAUAGCCGCAAGUUACGAACGGAGAUCUGGAACAGAUACAACGGAAAUCGGCGGUUCUAUCUCCGGCGCCACCGCUACGACGGUUACCAAUCGGAGAUUGCGCGUUCAGUUUUCUGUUUAUGCCCGCUUGGCUGGGCUCCAUGGAGUCCACGGAUCGUGGAAUCCGUAGCGCUCGGCUGCGUUCCGGUGAUCAUCGCCGACGGGAUCCGUCUUCCGUUCCCGGAGGUUGUGCGGUGGCCGGAGAUCUCUGUGACGGUUGCCGAGCGUGACGUGGGAAGCCUCGAGAGCAUACUGGACCGCAUCGCCGCCACCAAGCUUCCGGCGAUUCAGCGCCGGCUAUGGGAUCCGGCUAUCCGGCGAGCUCUGCUUUUUAACGGUCAUGGAAUCGUUGAAGGUGAUGCUUCGUGGAACGUUCUACGAGCUUAGCUA